AUGUUCAACCCUUCGGAACCCAGUUCCCUCCCACUUACGCACCAGCCCACAGUAAGAAUGCCCUUUCAUGCUCCUCCAAGCUCGACCAGAGGGUCGAGUCAGGAAUGCGAGUACAAAGACGAGCCCAGUCAAUGCGAGACUGAUCCUUCUUCGUGCAUACUCGAGCCUUCUCCAGCUCUCGUUCGGACGAUUGGUAAGACUCGCAGUCGACAUAUCUCACAAGCCAAACGUGCCAGGUCGCCAUCAUCUGACGAAACCAACGACGGCAUUCUUAGACCUAUAACUCCUCCACCCAUAAUCAACGAUCUUGCUCGUUUUGUCAAGCGUGCAAAGUUAAGCCCAACGCUUCGCAUAAAGGAUAGCUCCAACACACAGGAUCGCCGCUUUUUUAAUAACCAGUUAUCUCACCGUGGCUCAUUGAGUGUAUCAGAUGCUCAGCGGACCAAAGAUGUGCUCCGGCGCCGUUUGAAGAACUUGUCUUCAGAAGCUGCAGCUCAAGCUGUAGUUACGAUGCACGCUGACGUUGAAUGGAGGCGCGUGUGUUGUCUGGCAACGGCUUGGGAAAUCUAUGCGAGUGAAGAACACUUGAAGUUCCUUCACAUGGUUCUUGAAGAUCAAGGUGAAAGAUAUGCCAGUGCUGGCAGUGAGCCUUUUGGCACGUCAGUUGAAGGGCUCGUUAGCUGUAGUGAGGAGGAACUUAAAGAUCGGAUAGACUUCGGUGUCGCUGCAUACAGCCAUGAUGUAACAUCAUUCGCUGUUGGAGACACACAGUUGGAUUACCUCGAGAAUACAUCCACAGACUCAGACGAAUCCGACGACUCUGGCAUCGCUCUCACGCACUCGGAAGAAGACCGAUCCAGGGACUCGGAUAUGUUCAAUUUCGACUCUGAUUGGCAGCCUGACCCGGACUCUCAGCAUCAACAUGGCCCUGGGCAACAGAGUCACAGUGAAUCAGGAUGGUCCGGCCUGCCACAGCUCAAUCAUUCUGAUUCAGGUCAACGAUCACUGCAGGAGAGUCUGCCGCAGCAUGAACCUGACUUAGUACCAGCAGGUGGCUACCACGCUCAAUCUCACGGCCCCCAGCUGGGGUAUGGCGAUGAUCUUCAGGCCGCUAAUUCCUCUAACUCCAAUGUGCAUGAGAGCUCAGAUAACGCAGAGUUAUUUAACUACGGUCAUGGGUAUCACAGUCUUCACCUAUACGACAGCUACUCGAACAUUCCCUGGCAAGGCUACAACGACGGUAGUACUAGCACCAAUUUUGGUGCUCAUGGUGACUACCUGUCUGCAGGCAGCAGCAGUCAGUUGCAUAUGGAGCCACCGCCGCAUACAUUCCCAGAUGGGCACAAUGCAGUCGUCGUCCCUCACGCUGGUCCCGUCCCUCACGCUGGUCCCGUCCCUCACGCUGGUCCCGUCCCUCACGCUGGUCCCGUCCCUCACGCUGGUCUCCCUCACGCUGGUCCCGUCCAUGACUCCACGGCUCCGCAAACCAUACACAAUCUUCAACUCCCUGCUGACACCUAUACUAUGGCGUCCAGCAGCUCGCACAGCGAGUACUACUUCGCGACAUCUCACACCGACUUGAACGACCCUCAGCCCCCCUCCGACCCCAUGCCUCAUGUGACUCAAAAGUUGGGCCGGAGUGUUCGACCGAGCAGCCGUAAAGCUACGAGCUCUCGGACGAAGUUUCUCACCUCCAAACAAAUCCCCCAGGAAUCACCUUUGUCCAUGAUACAAACGCCCUCAUCGCUGUCGCUAGGUUUCACAUCGCCGGAGUUCAUACGAGACGUAAAAGAGGAUGCUCGAACGACUAUGUUUAAGUUUUUGUUCCAAGAAAACCUUUUCCCGUCCACGACAGAGAACUCCGCUAUCGCUAAGAGAGCACUGGACGAUACGAUCGCUCGGUACUCUACCACCAAAGGUGUUAAUGGGGUCGACCUCGUCCAUUGGAAAUCUGGGCAAGAUGGUAAAAAUUUACUUGCGAGGAUGAAAGCGGUUGUGAAGGAAAUACACAGUGACUUCGAGCAGGUCGCUACGUUCUCCUGGAUAUCUGCCUACGCAUUGAGUCACAACAUAUCCAUGACUAAAUUUGACAUGGAAACAGCGUGGAUCACAAGACUGACUGCCCUACUGUCAAAUUUUCUAUUCGCCGAUGAGGUCAUUCAGAUGACUAUGGACAACGGGAGAAUUAUAACGUACCGAAUCCCGUUUGGCCACCCGGCCGUCUUUGACUUGCUAGAACAUAUAAUAAACAACAUGCAGUACUCUCGUUACGUUCCCUUCGACCAAGAGGACUGGAAACGCUACCUCACCAAUGCCAUCUUCCUUGCAGCAACUUCACGUGGUUGGUCGCUGGAGAAAGGUUUGGCGGGCCCUUGGUCUGGGGCUAUAGUGUUUGAGUCCGCGGAAAACAGGGCCCGUUACAAGACCAUGAAGUCUCGCCUGCCCGCGUUGUCUGAUGAUGAAACGUUGAGGUUUGAUGGAUUGUUGGUUGACAUGCGCCGUGCACUAGUAGGGUAA